UAUUCUGUGGGAUCCAUAUUGAUCACUGUUUUCCGUUGAAUAAUAACAGCUCCAAAAUGGCUUCCAAUACGCAACAGAAACUGCAAUGUACACACCACAAUUCGUUAUUUAGAUCGGACGGAGGAAGUAGGCGGAGUUGAUACCGAACAUCGACGAAGCUUCAUUUUAUGACAGUAGACACACUUCAGAAGUAAUUGAUUGGUUGUGAAUUGCAUCAGGACAGCAUGAACGUGAAAUAUUAGUUCCUUCCUACAUUGUGAUAAACAGGUGGCGUUUAGAGGCCUGAGUAAUAAGGCCUUAAACCUACUAAAUAGAAGAGAACGAAGGAGUCAAAACAGUUUCACUCGAUCUGCACUUUUCUGCUAAUCUGUUUGGUUAAUUGGGGUCUUUACAAACUGAGAAUUGCUCUGUUAUUGUGAAGCUGAUGAAUUUCAGAAGCUAAUCAUCUUACUUUCUCGAGCCGAUAUUUACUGCUACAACUAGAGCAGGAGGAAAACUUUUUUCAUUCAUAUUUGAUUUUGACUUAACAAGCAAGAAGAAUCUGGGAGAACAGUGAGAGAUUUCGCUUUGGUGUUACCUUUUCUGCAACAGGUUGUCACUCCUUUGUGCUUUUUUUCCUCAAAUACUUCAAAGGCUGUGUUAAUAUUUUGAGAAAUCUGACGUUAAAAUAUCAGUAUUAAUCCAGUAUUGUUUGUGAGAACAUAUUUUGCAUUGAUUAUUUUAAUAAUGGGGAAAUUCCUGUCAAAGAUUUUUGGAAACAAAGAAAUGCGAAUUCUGAUGCUGGGCCUGGAUGCAGCUGGAAAGACUACAGUGCUAUACAAACUCAAACUGGGACAGCCUGUCAGUACAACUCCAACCGUAGGCUUUAAUGUGGAGACAGUGACUUACAAAAAUGUUCGGUUCAAUGUCUGGGAUGUAGGUGGUCAGGAUAAGAUCAGACCUCUUUGGAGGCACUAUUAUACAGGGACCCAGGGGUUGAUCUUUGUGGUGGACUGUGCUGACAGAGACCGCAUUAACGAAGCCAGACAAGAGCUAUAUCGCAUCAUAAAUGACAGAGAAAUGCGCAAUGCUAUUAUUCUAAUCUUUGCAAACAAGCAAGACCUGCCUAAUGCCAUGAAACCCAUUGAGCUCCAGGAGAAACUGGGCCUGAAUAGGAUUCAAGAUCGUAACUGGUAUGUUCAGCCUUCCUCAGCAACCACUGGAGAUGGACUGUAUGAAGGGCUAACCUGGCUAACUUCUAAUUACAAAACAUCUUGAGAACAAAGUUAAAACUUACAGAGAUGUUGCAUAUGAACUUCAUACCCGUUGCCUUCAAUUUGCAACAGAGUGGAACUGCUUCAAAGAAAAGAUGCUUUUAACAAUGUAGGAGGAAUGGCUAGACCAUUAUAAGAGCAACUUGGCACUUGGUAAAGAUUUGCUUACAGCAACAUUAUUAUCCCAGUUAGCUUUUAUUAUAUGUGGCUUUGACUAUGUCAGAUUGAUUAAAAGUCAGAUUUUUAUUUUCACUGUUGAUCUAUUGGCAGAAUCUGUAUUGAUACCUGGCAGUCCAGUUACAGUGUGUGUGCUACAUUUAAUGGAUAAUCUUUAAGAAUAAGUAUUAAAUUUACAUUAGACUGUUAGUGUUUAUAAAGAACUUCAAAAGUUUGCAAAAAGGCAACCAUAUACUGUAGUUGUUUUUAUUCUCCAAUGUUGUUGAACAUUUAAGCAUCGUAUGUGUUAAAAGUUUACUUAGAGUCAUACAGUUCUAUAGUGUGGAGACAGACUCUUUAGUCCAACUCAUCCAUACUGACCAGAUAUCCUAAAUCAAUCUAGUCCUAUUUGCCAACAUUUGGCCCUUAUUCCUCCUAAAAAUUUCCUAUUCAUAUACCCAUCGUGAUGCCUUUUAAAUGUUGUAAUUGCUCCAGCCUCUUCCCCCCCCACCCCCCCCACUUCCUCUGGCAGCCCAUUCCAUGCAUGCAACACCCUCUGCAUGGAAAUGUUGUUCCUUAGGUCCCUUUUAAAUCUUUCCCUUCUCAUCUUAAACCUAUGCCCUCUAGUUUUGGACUCCCCUACUCCAGGGAAAAGACCUUGGCUACUCUAUUUAUGCCCCUCAUGAUUUUAUAAACCUCUAAUAGGUCAUCGCUCAACCUCCAACACUCCAGGGAAAACUGUUCCAGCCUAUUCAGCCUCUCCCUAUAGCUCAAGUCCUCCAAUCCUGGCAACAUCCUUAUAAAUCUUUUCUGAACCUUAUCAAGUUUCACAAUAUCCUUUCUAUAGCAGGGAAAUCAGAAUUGCACACAAUAUUCCAAAAGUGGCCUAACCAUAGUAACAAAUAUCGUGUUUAUUUUUGAAUAGGUAAAAAUCUUUAAAGCUACAUUACAAAAAAAACUUCAGGUUUUGAAAUGCAGAUUUAAUAUCAUUGCUUGCUGAGAGUGAUAGAAGUAUAAGUUCUUAUAAAGUAAACAUUAGAAGUUUACUUCCUGACACUGGUAUGGAAACAGAAACAAUAUGUUGUGGUAAUAUUACUGUUUUACUAUACUUAAAAGUGUGAAAUAUCAAAGAAAUAUUAGAGUGGAUAUAUUUAUUUUGAUAAUUUGUUCAUGAAUAUUCUCUGUGAUUCAUAAAAUAAUGUGAAAUCCUACCAAUAAUAAAGUGGGAAAUUGCACAAUCGAAAACAAAAUUAAUGUACCUCAUGACUGAUGCUCCUCUAUCACUGAGUUGUCUCACAAUUGAUUGUAUGAACAGUGCAUUUGAUGCCAUUAAUAUAGAAUGGACUUGGAGCACUUACUGAGCCUGAGUGUAAGUUAUUAUAAGAACAAAAAGAAACACUGGAAUUUAACCAGAUUCUGUUACUAAAUUGAGAAUUUGAAUUUACCUGGAACAUGGUUUAUGAAUGCAAUUUUUAUGUUUUGAACUCAGCUGACCUGCAUUUUUCUA